AUGCUUCCCUUUCUCUCCCCUCCCCCGCCCCCACCAAAUGCUCUUUCCCUUCCGGAAACCUCUCCCGCACUGCCACAUCCUCUCUUAAAGGUGGGCCAGUCGUUCCUGGCAUUCCAGCGAUACCAGCUUGGCGCCGACUCAGCCCUCUUCUCCCAGGACUACACGGACCCGAGCCAGGAGGCUGGCAUGCCUUACGCUCCCUACACAAACGAGGAUGACACUAUAGAUAGCAUGGGGACGUACCAACAGGCCCCUUCGGCAGAUGCAUUUGAUGCUGAGGCACAGGGGUACCAAGCCCAGGACUACUGA